GUAGCCCCAGAUCCCAGUAUUGGGCAAGUAGUGGGACCUCCUGCGGGUUAAUGCUGUAUAUGGAGGUAAAUAUAUUCCAAGUUAGAAAAGUGCAGAUAUCACCUGGAGUUCAUUUUCUAAGGAUUUCAUGUUCUGGGUCCUUUGGGCUCUGCUCUGUGAGGCUAAUUGAAUCCAUAUAGGGCUAGUGACGUCAGAGGGAGUAGUAGAGACAGUCCAAGGGCACUGGGAGAGGAGGGUUUGGUAUGUGUGGGCUCCUGGUCAGUUCUAUAUUGCUGUUUAUGAUAUGGAUGUCAUGUAUGUUGGAUCCACAUCUCCUCUAACAUUGGAGUUCUGUAGAAUUGCCCCCAGAGCUGACAGUCAGGCAGCUGGAAUUGUUUAGACCAGGUGUCCUGUUAAAGUUGGUUCCCCAUAGAGAUGUGUUACCUGAUCUCUCAGGAACCCACAUGUACACUGUCUGAAGAGGAUGCUGAGUGAAGACUUGCAAUCUAGCUAGCAGCCGAGGGUUUGACUGCUGAGUCCACUCAAAUGUGAGUUAUUUUUGAGCAGAAGUUAGCCCCUGUCUCAGGGGAUCAGAGGAGAACACAGCAGCUGUUUGUGUGGAACCCAGCAGAUCAGAAAUCUUCCAAGGAAGACUCUGAACAAUUCUGUAUGAAUUAUGGAUGAACUAUCAAUCAUAAAAGUUGAAUUGUCUCCAAAUCCCAUUUUGUCAGAUCAAGAGGAUACCAUUAUUGAAGAUGCAGACCAGCAUAACCAAGAAAUCCUCCAAGGGCAAAACCAUGAAAUUGAUAAAAUGUCACGUCAUUGCUCUGAAUCUAUCUGUAAACUAGACAAUUAUGAAAAUGGAAAGCACAAGCCUCAACAUUUCCGAAACCUAAAUGUUCACACAGAGGAGAAACCUUUUGUAUGUUCUGAAUGUGGGAAAUGUUUUCCCAGAAAGUCUAAACUUAUCAUACAUGUGAGAACUCACACAGGAGAGAAACCAUUUUCAUGCUCUGAAUGUGGGAAAGGUUUUCCUUCAAUGUCAAAUUUAAUUAAACAUGAAAGAAUUCACAGAGGUGUGAAACCAUUUUCAUGUUCUGAAUGUGGAAAAUGUUUUAUCACAAAGUCAGAGCUUGUUGUGCAUGAAAGAAUUCACACAGGAGUGAAACCAUUUGCAUGCUCUGUAUGUGGGAAACGUUUUACCACAAAAGCAUAUCUUAAUUCUCAUGAAAAUGUACACACUGGGGAAAAACUAUUUAAAUGCUCUGAAUGUGGGAAAUGUUUUAUCAGAAAGGCCGGUCUUAUCAAACAUAAAAGAAUACACACAGGUGAGAAACCAUUUGCAUGUUCUAAAUGUGGAAAGUGUUUUACAACAAAAUCAACUUUGAUUUUUCAUGAGAGAAGGCAUGUAGGAGACAAACCAUUUGCAUGUUCUGAAUGUGGGAAACGUUUUACAACAAAGCCAGAACGUAUCAAGCAUGAGAGAAUUCACACAGGUGAGAAAUUAUUUGCAUGUUCUGAAUGUGGAAAAAGUUUCACUACAAUGCAUGAACGUAUUAAACAUGAGAAAACUCACACUGGAGGAAAAUUGUUUGCCUGUUCUAAAUGUGGAAAAUGUUUUACCACAAAGUCAACUCUUAUUGAACAUGAAAGAAGACAUGCCGGAGACAAACCUUUUGCCUGUUCUGAAUGUGGAAAAUGUUUUACCACGAAGUCAGAUCUAAUGAAACAUGAAAGGAUUCAUACAGGAGACAAACCAUUUGCAUGUUCUGAAUGUGGGAAAUGUUUUACUACCCAGUCAUGCCGAAUGGCUCAUGAAAGAAUUCAUACAGGAUUAAAACCAUUUGCAUGUUCUCUAUGUGGGAAACACUUUACAACACAAUCUUAUCAAAUAGCCCAUGAAAGAACGCACACAGGAGAGAAGCCAUUUGCAUGUCCUGAGUGUGGGAAAUGCUUUAUUACAAAAUCAGCUCUCCUUAAGCAUAAAAGAACUCACACUGGAGAGAAACCAUUUGCAUGUUCUGAAUGCGGGAAGCGUUUUACUAGAAAGUCAUAUCUGAUUUCCCAUGUAACAAUGCACACUGGGGUCAAACCAUUUGCAUGUUGUGAAUGUGGUAAAGGUUUCACCAGCACGCAACACCUUCUUAGACAUCAGAGCACUCAUACGGGUGAAAAACCAUUUGAAUGUUCUGACUGUGGGAGAGGUUUUUCCAGAAUGUCAAGUCUUAUUUCUCAUGAGAGAUCUCACACAGGAGAGAAACCAUUUGAAUGUUCUGAAUGCGGAAAAUGUUUUACCAGAAAGUCAAAUCUUAAUUCACAUAAAAAAAGCCACAAAGAUGAGAAAUCAGUUGAAAGUGAUGAAUAAAUUAAACAAUUUAAAACAAAUUCAGGUCUUAGAUAUGUGGAAUGUCCCCACCUUGAGAAGAAGUAUUGCAUGUUCUGAAUGAAGGCACUGUUCUAUUUUUCAUAGUAAUAGUAUUUUUUUUUAUUUUUCAUGCACACAAGUUAAUUCAAAAAAAUUAAUUUAACAUUCAAGACGAAGUUAGAAUUUGAAGUUCUAGAACACAGUAGCCAGAUUGGAAAUAUUCUCCAAGUCACCUAUGUAUUCAGGCCGACUGUUUUGGCUCAAAGUUUUAAUAUUUACAUUGAAUCUAUGACAAUUCAAACUUAAGUGAAUAAACCAGAUACUGAUGCUUGUAAAUGGAAGGUCCACAAUGUCAUUAUGCUGAUGUUUAUCUCAACAGGAAAAGACGUGUAUGGAAAUUUGAAAUGUAUAGUUAUCACAUGCCUUGGAAGCACAAGGUGUGUACACGCUGUUAAUAUAUGUGUACUUGACUAUAUUGUUUACUUGCGUGAUUCUCGACUUCAUUGUCUGUAUUUCACCUUGCACAUCAUGCUGAUUAUUUUAAUAUUUCAAAAUAUAGAUUUAUUAUAACUGAGUAAUUCUCCAUAGCCUAAUAAUACAUACUAUACAAUAUGUAU